AUGCCAGUUACUUCGGAAAAUCUCGGGACAGGUUGGGAUAAAACUACCCAACUUAUCGCGAAAGGUGAAAAUAUAUUUGUAUUAUCCGACGCCUUAUACGAAGUAUCUCCAAAAGGAACAUCUGAGAAAAAGGCGGAAAAUUUUACAGAAACAAUGGCAGCAGCUACACUUGGCCAGCACCUUUAUGCAGUCAAAAAAUCCGGAGCAUUCGCUAAAAUACGAUUAGAAGACUGGUUCAUUGAAGCAUUGGAUGAGUUUUUUACCGAAACGAAACAGAUAAAUGCUCUUGUCGCGUAUAAAGAUUAUCUCAUCAUAUUUGCAGAUAAAAUCUGGGAAUUGUAUCCGGAUGGCCGUUCGACUGUAGUGGAUGAAGAAGACUGGAGCACCACGAAAUCGGCCGUCAUUCACAACGGUUACGCAUACGUGCUGAAGACUUCCGGCGAAAUAUAUAAAUUGAAUCUCGAGGAUUAUACACAUAAAAAACUUAGCGAUGAUUUUGGUGUAGCGAACACUUUGGUGGCCUUUAAAGAUUAUAUUUAUGUAUUUGGUGAUAAUCUGUAUGAAAUGAAUCCGUUAAAUGGUAAACAUUGGAUUGGUCAAGAAGACGAUUGGUCAAAAACCAUAACGGCUGUUGCUACUUCAACGAAUUUUUAUGCUGUACAUAGUGAUGGUACUCUUUGGAAAUUUGAUGUUGUAGAAUGA